CGAGCAUUGUCGCGACGGCGAACACGCGUUUCCUGGGGUGCGGGAUGACAUAAUGAGGCUUCACCAACACACAGAGCAAAUCCCAUAGUUAUACCUUGGUCGUGCUGACGCAGACGUACUGAAACUUCGACGCCAUCUUUAUUCAAAUCCAACCGCCAGUCAUGGACCCUCUUCUCGCAGCCGCAGAAACCGCAGCCGCAGACUUUGCCAGAACACCUUCCCCGCCAAAUACCCCUCCAUCCGCCGCAACGCUUCCACUGAGCCGCCUAUGGGCCAUCGGCGACAUCCACCUCUCCUUCAAAGGCAACCGCGAAGCCCUGGAAAAGCUCAUCCCCCACCCGCACGAUGACUUGAUCCUCUGCGGCGAUGUCGGAGAGACGGCUGAGCACUGUCGCAUGGCUUUCACAAAGGCCAAGGAAUGCUUCAAGAACGUCUUUUGGGUGCCGGGAAAUCAUGAGCUAUACACAUUGCCUACAAACAAGGAGAACGGCGCAAGAGGCGAGGCAAAAUACAUGGAGUGUGUGGAAAUUGCUCGCGAGUUCGGCAUUCUCACGCCUGAGGAUGACUACAUGCUGUGGCAGGGCGAGGGAGGACCAUGUCUGAUUGCGCCCAUUUUCACGCUGUACGACUACAGCUUUCGUCCGGAUUGGGUAAAACUACAAGAUGCGCUCGCGUGGGCCAGAGAACAAGACAUUGAAGCGACCGACGAACACCUACUACAUCCAGACCCCUACUCGUCGCGAAUUGAAUGGUGCAAUGCCCUUGUAGACAAGACGGAGAAGAAGCUUGAAGCGGCUGUGGCUGCGCACCCAGACGUCCCUCUGAUCAUAGUCGGGCACUGGCCUUUGCGAGAAGAUCUUGUGAAGCUGACCAAGGUUCCCCGGUUUUCGCUCUGGUGCGGCACCAAGCGGACAGAGAAUUGGCACAAUAGGUUCAAUGCCAAAGUGGUCGUGUCUGGCCAUUUACAUAUCAGGAGGACAGAUUGGAUCGACAAUACGCGUUUUGAGGAAGUAAGCCUGGGCUAUCCAAGGCAAUGGCACGAUUGCGUGGAACAUGGACUCGAUAUUAACGACUUGCUCCGUGAGAUACUGCCUGGGCCCAAGACGCCGCCCGUAGGGGAGUGCCGCACUAUCUGGAGACAUUUUGGAUGAAGGGUUGCGUGGCAGGCGUAUCGUGGGCAUCCAUCACAUCUUGCUGUGGCUGCAGGUACGUGCAAACCCUCCAAUGGCUUCGUGCCCACCUAUCACGUUUAUCCAUCUACCAAGAAUACCGCCGUACACCUUUCUUACUUUGACCUUGCGUUGCAUCCGCUAUUCCCUCCA